AUGGGUUACGUCCUCUAUAUCGCCAACAAGCGCUACUCCAGCUGGUCUAUGAGACCCUGGGUCCUCCUCAAAGCCCUCAACAUCCCCUUUGAAGAGCGCCUCCAGACCUUCGUCGCCGGCCUCCGCCAACCCGCCUUCCUCAGCUUCUCCCCCACAGGAAAAGUCCCCACUCUCCAAGAUGGCGACACCACCGUAUGGGACUCCCUCGCCAUCGUCGAGUACAUUGCCGAAGACCACCCAGCCGCCUGGCCGCAAGACAAGGUCGCCCGCGCCUUUGCCCGCAGCGCCGCCGCCGAGAUGCACACAGGCUUCGAGGCCCUCCGAGACCAGUGCUCCAUGAACGUGGCAUUGCGCAUCGACCUCGGCGGGCCGCCCGACGCGGCAUUGCAGCGCGAUCUUGACCGGCUCGAGCAGCUCUGGGUGGAGGGUUUAACGCGCUUCGGCGGGCCGUACCUCGCGGGCGGGGAGUUUAGCGCCGCGGACGCCUUCUUUGCACCCGUUGCGACGAGGAUUCAGACGUUUGGGUUGAAGGUUUCGGAGCCUGCGAUGAAGUAUGUGCAGACGUUGUUGGAGCAUCCUGCUGUGAAUCAGUGGGUCUUGGAGGGUAUUGCUGAGACGGCCAGGGAGCCGUACCAUGAGAAGGACGUAUUGAGAGGACGGAAGUUAUUGAAGGACUUGACUCAGCCUCAAUGA